AGUUUUCUAUUCUUAUCCCCGAAGAAGAAGAAUGUGUCAGCGAAGAUGGCUCUAGGACGAAGCUAGCUGUUUAGCUAAUGUAAAUAUAUCCACCAAGAACUGGCUGGAGACAGCGGCGAUAACCCUUUGAGACGAAUAACUGUCACUGAAUUAGGAUGAGCCAACGACGUGGCAUCCAUGUGGACCAAUCGGAGCUGCUAUGCAAGAAAGGAUGUGGUUUUUAUGGCAACGGAGCCUGGCAGGGGCUGUGCUCGAAGUGUUGGCGAGAGGAAAACCAACGAGAAAAGCAAAGGCAAAUUCAAGAGGACCAGGCUCUUGCUGAGAGGCUGCAGCGAGAGGAAGAGGAAGCAUAUGCAAGCAGACAUCAGCGGGCGCAAUCACAACCUGCAGUCACUCCCUUCAACAAGUUUGAAGAAAGAAAGACGAAGGAGAAGUCCAGUCGAGUCAACACAGUCACAAAAUUUUUCACCCCAUCAACAAAAACACCCCCCAAAAAAGAUGCUGGCCCCUUUGACACACAGUCAACUCCCAGCCCCAGCUCGUCAGCCGGUCGACAGUCCUCUCUGGACAGAGACCGCGCAACGCAAGAGUUCAUUGAUUUCCUGAAGGCUGUGAAGUCUGGCAGGGAAAUCUUUAAACAGUGUAGGGCUUUCACGGAAAGCAUGGCGUACAAGCGGGACAUGGGAGCUGAUGAGCUAUCAGAGUGUGUGCAAGACUUCUACCAGAACCUGUCAGAUCGCCUUCACAACCAGUUCAAAGGUUCGUCGGAGCUUGUGGAGAGGGUCAUGGAUGAAGUAGAGAAGUACAUGAUGACUCGACUUUACACAGAGGUUUUCUGCCCUGAAACCACAGAUGACGAGAAGAAAGACUUGGCUAUUCAGAAGAGAAUCAGAGACUUGCACUGGGUCACCAUAGAGAUGCUGUGCGUGCCGGUGGAUGAGGAGAUCCCUGAGGUCUCGGAUAGUGUCGUCAAAGCUAUCACAGAUAUAAUCGAAAUGGAUUCGAAGCAAGUACCCAAAGACAAGCUGGGGUGCAUUACUCGGUGCAGUAAGCACAUCUUCAACGGCAUCAGAGUGAGCAAGAAGGAGGCCGCCUCAGCCGACGACUUCCUCCCGACACUCAUUUACAUCGUCCUGAAGGCGAACCCCCCACGGCUGCAGUCCAACAUCCAGUACAUCACCCGUUUCUGCAACCCCAGCAGACUCAUGACCGGAGAGGACGGAUACUACUUCACUAAUCUGUGCUGUGCAGUGGCCUUCAUCGAGAAACUGGAUGGCCAGUCUCUCAACAUGAGCUCUGAGGAGUUCGAGCUUUACAUGUCGGGCCAGGCGUCCCCAAACGGGCCGCAGCCCGCUGCGUCCUCCUCCUCCUCCUCCUCAGGCAGCGCCGCUCUCAGCCAAGCCCACAACAGCCUGGACGUGCUGACCGGGCUCGACGAGAGGCAGGAGCGGGUCAUAGAGAAGGCUCGGCAGCUGGAGAGCGACCUGAUAGACUGGACGGAUGAAGUCGAGCAGAAAGUGCAGAGCGCGCUGGAGAGCUUUCCGCUGGAGACGCAACACUCCACAGCGAGCGCAGCGAGCGAGACGGCGUCCGCGGCGUUGUCCGCUAUCGACUCUGAAAACGUUGAGAACGAGCUGCUGCCCCCGCCGCUGCAGCCUCAGGUGUUUGCAGGCUGAUGGAAGGGUGGUGGUGGGGGGGGGGGGGGGCGUCUGCUCAGCAGAAACUCACCUAGAGGUCCUGCUCCAUCUUCCCCUGUGUUCUCUUUACACUCCAUCUGCACAUGCGCCGUCUGUUGGGUCCGGGUUUUUUCGCCCGGCCAUGUCUGUUCCAUCUUUCUGCUACCUUAGAGGCUAUAAAAGCAGAACAGUAAUGUCACUGUUAGGUUUUUAGAAAGUGCGCUUAUUUACUUUCUUGCAGCGAGUUAAAUGAGAAGAUACAGUAGAUUCACUGUAAGCUGCAGCCAGAUGUUGGUCUUAUCGACCGGUUGGUCAAAGGAGGUAAAACUCCAGUCUCAACUAAAGUAGGUUCGCUCUGAAAUGGUAGGAGGUGGAUUUGGGCACCCUAGUUUUAAACAAAGCUGCUCACAGUAGUGAAGGUGCAAUUAUCUUCUCAUUUACCUGACUAUUUAAAAAAAGGCAAAUAAGUGGUCAAAUUUACCCAUGGCUCCACAUGAGACGGACCCAUGGAGACUGUGGGGGCAGAAUUUCCUGCUCCUCUGAUGUGGCUACUUUGGUUACAAAGGAGGGAAAACACUCCACUAUAAGCUCUUCCAAAACAUAUCUUCUCGUCGUCCGCUACCUGCAGUACCUCAGUACUUUUUCUAGUUGUUACAUUUGUGCAGUGAAGAUAAAUGGUGUGUUUGAGUCCUAAACCCUUCAGGCAGAGUAUAAUACCUUCGACAUAUGAGAUGUCCAGUGAACAUCUGAUCAGACAGAAAAGUGAAUUAAAGUUUGGAAGCCAAAAAGAAAGACGUGUAAAAAAUCUGAACGAUUGAACUCCCUUGACAUUGCUCUUCAAGUCCAGCUUGUGAUUAAUGCUGAAUUUAGUUUAAUUUCCCUGAAAAAAACCUGAGUGAGAGAGAGAUUGUGUGUGUGUUUGCUGCAUGCACGUUCCAUUCAAGUUCUCCAGUAGUACAUAUGUCCAAAUACUGUCUGGUUUCCAUCACCUGUCGUCAGCUGGAUGUUCAGAUUUUAUUUUUCUAUAAAGUGUCAGAAUAUCAAUACUUCUAUGAUGACUUUACACCUGUAGUAUUAACAGUAGUCAAAGAGCAUGGGUGUAAUUUAGUUGAAAUUGUGAAUGAUCUGGUUUUCAAGAGGCUGAGGCUGUCUCUGUUAAAGGAACAGUCACAGAUAGAGAUUUUAUUAUUAUUUGCUCCAUAAAAGCUUUUAAGUUUGUUUUGUUUUUUUAAGACCAAAACAAAAAAUGUUGCUGUUUUCCUCCAAAUAUCAAAAUGGAAAUAAUGAUCACUUUUAAAGCUUUGGUUGCUUCUUUUAGUUAUUUUUGCUGAACUUUUCUUCUUGUUUAAAAUUUUAAGCUCCUUUUUUCAGAGUCAUAUUUCGGCUUUUAUCAGGUGAGACUGAAUGUUGCAUUGCUGAUAGUUUCAAAAAGAUGCAAGAGGCAUAUUUAUUACAUUUGCUCACGAGCUUGGAUUUUCUUUUUCUUUUAUGUUACAAGAUUUUAAUGUAUUUCGUUGCUAUUUGCAACAGAAGAGACGCACGCACCUGCUGAUUGAAAACCAGGUUUUCCAACGCUUGGCUGUGGCUUGAACAACCUUUUAAUUUUGCACUGAAACCUGAAGUUUUUGAAGAAGUGUUUUAAACCGUUUGUUUGAUUAUAGGUUUGUUAUAGUUUGAGGUCAGAGAGAUUAACUCAAAACUGCCUUUUAAUUUAAAGCGUAAUUUAUUGGGACAGGUUCGUUCCACCUACGUCUAGGGGAGUGCAAUGAUGAUGAUUAAUAAAAUUCAAAAAUCAG